AUGUUUCAUCUAUAUGAAUUGUUAAUGUUCUUUUUGAGGAACCCGAGAGACAAGUAUGAAGAGGAGUUUCUGGGACCCAUUUUCCUUCACUUUAGUGGGAAAAAUUAUUACAGAAGAGACAUGAUUAUUAAUAACCGACGAGGAGAAAAGCUCAAGUGUUGUUUUUUUACACCUUUUAAUUAUAAUGAAAAUACACCUUGUGUUAUUUACACUCAUUCGAGUUGUAGUUGCCAGUUGGAGGCCUUGGAUAUCCUACACAUUCUGCUGAUAUGUGAGUGCUCUAUUUUUUCUUAUGAUUGCUCGGGGUGUGGACUCUCCGAUGGUUACUUUUCUACCAGUGGAUGGAAUGAAUCGCAGGAUCUGUUUCUCAUUUUGCACCACUUAAGGAAUGUAGAACAUGUGAAGAACUUUGCUCUCUGGGGCAAAUAUUCCGGCGCUGUUAGCUCCAUCAUUGCGGCGUCUCUGGACGCCAACAUUAAGCUGCUGAUUGUGGACUCCCCCUAUGUGUCCCUCACGGAGCUGUACAAAACCACAUUCCACCUGAGCGCCAAGGGAAAGGGAGAAAUAAUUUUCAAAAACAUCUGCCUCUACUUUGCAAAAAGGAGAAUAAAGAAAAAGUUCCAUUACGACAUCGAAAACAUAUGUCCCAUUUUCUUCAUCGAAGAUGUAACCAUCCCCACCAUAUAUAUUAUAUCAAGGAAUGACAAAGUUGUCCAUCCAGCCCACACCCUAUACUUAGCAUACAAGCAGAAGAGCGAGCAAAAAAUUAUCUAUACAUGUGAAAAGGCAUCCCAUGCCUAUGAAUCAUUUUCCUAUGAUAAUAAAUUAACAGCGGCAAUCCGAACCGUAUUAUUUGGAGCAAAGAAAGCUGACGUACAAAAUGUCUUUAGUGUCUAUACAUACAUGAGGGUAUUUAAUGGACUCAUGGAGAAAUAUUCACACGAGUUUUGUUUCAUCGAUUCGUUAAUUCAAAAAAAGUUGAAUAGGAAAGAUAAAAUUAUUGACAAGGUUAAACAAUUUAUUUGUUUCAAGUACCAGACAAAAGCUUCCCUCUCUUCAUCCACUUGCUUCAACCAAUCCACCAUCGAUUCCAUCCGUCACACGAGUACAACAAGCGAAAAUGACUACAUGCAGUACGAAUCAUCCCAAAAUUCUCUGUGUUGGAAAUGCAAAAGCGUACCAGGUGAAGAGCAUGAACGAGACAAUCACGGGUUGAGCGAAGAACAGAACCAGCGUGAGGACCACGGACUGGUGGAUGAAUACGAAUACCCAUUUCACGAUGCUCACGAUUUUGUGAAUGGUCAGGAUGCAACAGAGAACCCGGUUAAUGCAUCUGCCCUAAAAGGAUACGAUGCGAAUAAGGUACCGGCGUUCAGUCCAACAUUCCAGCACCAAGGCGAGCAAUCGGGGCAAAGACGGUUUAAGGUAAUGCACAUGCAAAGCGCGCGCAGUUCCCUCAAGUCAAAAAAGAACACGUUUAAGAAGUCCCUAACGUGGGACACCAAGUUACAGAGCGCGGUCACGUAUUCCAAGGAGGACUGCCCCUUGGAGCUACUAAAAAAUUAG